GCAAUCAAGCCCUCCAAUUAUUUGGAUCCGUAAGUACGGUCCAACAGGCAACAGGGCAUGCUCCAUCGCUCCAAAGGACAGUACAUACAGAAAAAGAAUUACAUUACAGAUCCUUCCUUUGAGAGCACUGCAGUUACUGGAGAGCAACAUACCACAGCACUGGUGCUUCACAUGCGAAUUGCCAUCGCAGGAAAGGUCGAUCACUACUCCUGCCUCUCCCAACUACCGAACCACCCUGGCUUUUUUUUUUGAGCACACCAUCCUGGCUUUUAAUGCAAGCACGCACGGACGCACCAACUCCCCCGCGCCGCCGCGCCGUGCGGGGGCUUAUAUACCAGCACGCCCUGACGGCCAUGCCGUCGCCCGUCGCCCACUCGAUCGCGCCGGUCGCGGUCGCGCUCCUCGUGCUCCGUCCCGCACCAUCCCGGUCGCGGGGAGAUUGCCAGGAGAACGCCGGCGCGCCGCGCCGAACCGGCUGGUUCUCUCGGCUCGCGUGAAAAGCGCGGGAGCAGCCUCGUCGUUUCCCUCGUCUUCCGCCACCGACGCUUUCCCGUGAUCCUCAGGAUCCGGGAGAUGGCAGCGGCAGGUCCGCCACGCGCCGCGCGGGGCCUCGCGUUCCUCUGCUUCCUGGUCUCGUGCGCCGCGCUCGCGGGAGCGAGCCGGCCGAGCCGGGAGGACCUCGACGUCAGCCUCGGCGGCGGCGGCGGCGGCGGCGUCGGCAUCGGCAUCGGCAUUGGCGGCGGCGGCGGCCAGGGAGGCAGCAGCCCGGCGCCGUCGCAGUCGGGUCCCCGGGCGUGCGACUUCGAGAACGAGCGGCUGUACCGGGCGUACCUGGUGAUCCAGCAGUUCAGGCAGACGGUGUCGUGCGACCCGAUGGACAUCACCCGCAGCUGGAGCGGCACCGACCUGUGCUCCAGCUACAAGGGCUUCUUCUGCGAGCGGCCGCCCAACGUGACGGACCGGACCAUCGCGUCCGUCGACUUCAACGGGUACAUGCUGCGCUCCGACUCCCUGCGGGGCUUCGUCGACGGCCUCCCGGACCUGGCGCUCUUCCACGCCAACUCCAACGACUUCGGCGGCGCCGUCCCGGCGCUGGGCGGCCUGCAGUACUUCUACGAGCUGGACCUCAGCAACAACAGGCUCGCGCCGGCGCCGUUCCCCGCCGACGUGCUGGGGCUCACCAACGCCACCUUCAUCGACCUCCGGUUCAACAGCUUCUACGGCGAGCUCCCCGCCGGCGUCUUUUGCAGGUUCCCGCGGAUCCAGGCCAUCUUCGUCAACAACAACCAGUUCUCCGGCAGCCUGCCGGACAACAUCGGGCAGUCGCCGGUGAACUACCUCUCCCUCGCCAACAACAGGUUCACGGGGGAGAUACCCAGGUCCAUCGCCCGCAACGCCGGCACGCUCCUCGAGGUGCUCUUCCUCAACAACAGCCUCAGCGGGUGCCUCCCCUACGAGCUCGGCCUGCUCGAGAAGGCCACGGUCAUCGACGCCGGCACCAACCGGCUCACGGGCGCCAUCCCGGCGUCGUUCGCGUGCCUGCGCAAGGUGGAGCAGCUCAACCUGGCGGACAACCUCCUGUACGGCGAGGUGCCCGACGCGCUCUGCCGGCUCGCGUUCGGCCACCUCAAGAACCUCACGCUCUCCGGCAACUACUUCACGGCGCUCGGGUCCUGCUGCUGGGACCUGAUCAAGGAAGGGAGGCUCAACGUCGACCGCAACUGCAUCCAGUGGGCGCCCAACCAACGCUCGCACGAGGAGUGCGCCAGGUUCCUCCGCCAGCCCAAGUCGUGCCCCGUCAGCGACUACGUGCCGUGCCGCCCCAAAUACCGCGGCUCCGGCGAGCCGGACGCCGGCGAGGCCGCAGAGGAGGAGGACGCGCGCGCGGCAGUGGAGUACAAAUACCGGACGUACUCGGCGCUGCAUCCUUGAGGUCCCGACCUGGGCCGGUCGUCGACGGCGAGGCCACUGCACAGGCUGAAAAAGCGCAGAGCGCCGCUGUGCGUCUCGUGACCGUGAAACAGCAACUGAUCAGUAGUCGGUCGCUUGGCCCGUUGUUUUGGUGUGUUGUGUCCCUGUCCAGCAAUGUUCCCCUUGUGUCUGAUGAUGAUCAAUCCACUGUAUUAUGGCCUUCUUGAGUUCAGA